AUGAUUAUUGACAUUGAUCUCUUCAACCAUCCAGCCUCGACAAUUGAUGUGAAGAAUGAGUUAAAAAUACUCAGUGAACAGGUCAAAAUUGUUGAAGGCCUAGAACACGCCAGGGCCCGUCUUGCAGCUACACGCUUGUUAGAGUCCAAUACCUUAUCGAAGUGUAAUGUUUUCGUGCGCACUUUUAACAAUAGCGCCCCUGGUAGCAAUUUCGAUCUUGAAGUCCGCAAAUUAGGUUUGGAUGAGCUGGUUUUCUGUUCUAUCAGCUUCGAAGAGAGACGCCUCAAGUCCGUGGUUGAUUAUUUCAUGUCGUCAAACAUCCGGACUUAUAUGACAAAGGCACAAAUAUCAUGCCUCGAUCGUACAGAAAUUUUCACGCGUCUGCAACGUUUAUCGGACGAGUCCAUUGGGACACCCUUUUAUACGGUCUAUACAGCUCUACAUGCAGUACACAUCACUCUCAGGCAGCUUGACACAAUCGAACCGAAGGAGCAGAUGGGCAAUGGUACAAACUGCGAGCAAUAA